AUGGCUGAUAAUAAUUCAGUGGUUGGAGGGAAAUCCUUAAUGCGAGUCAUUAAUUACCAGGUAAUUUUAGUUCAGGUUCUUGUUGCAGUUUUCCUUUGCAUCAACUUCAUGCUGAUCACAACCUUUUUUAUGAAGGAUUUCUUCUACAAAACCAUGCGCUACAUCUUAUUUGCUGUAACACUACUGUCUGAUUGUUGGAUUUUGAUGCUAUCAAAUAUCUUACUCAUCUGUGGUUACUUUCAGUUUACCAUGCAAAUGUGGUUGUGUGUUGUUGUAUAUAUUUUGUCGUCUUUGUAUUUGUUUGUCACCCCAGUUACUCUGACAGCAAUGAGCCUGGAGCGAUACGUGGCCAUUUGCAUGCCUCUGCGUCAUGGAGAGUUGUGCACCACUCGCAACACGAUGCACUGCAUCCUCAUCAUUCACUGCAUCAGCUCUUUACCCUGUGUAGUUCUUCUGUCCAUCUUCUUUGCAUCUGCCUCAAUUACCUUUCACACACAAUACAGGGUGUGUUCAGUGGAGAUGUUCAUGUUGUACAGAUGGCAGAGUCAUAUGUAUUCAGCUAUAAAUCAGUUUUACUUCUUGAUUAUGUGUAUCCUCAUUGUAUUCUCCUAUGUUGAAAUAAUUAAAGUGGCCAAAACGGCAUCAGGAGAGAACAAAAAGUCAACAUGGAAAGGGCUCAGAACAGUAAUACUUCAUGGUUUCCAGCUGCUGCUCUGUCUCAUCCAACUGUGGUGUCCGUUCAUUGAAGCUGCUUUCUUAAGAAUUGAUUUCAUGUCAUACGUUAAUGUCAGGUACUUUAAUUACAUUAUAUUUUAUCUGGGCCCAAAAUGUUUGAGUCCCCUCAUUUAUGGUCUCAGGGAUGGAAAGUUUUUCCUUGCACUGAAAUACUAUGUUCUUUGUGGCUUGUACAAGAACAAAGCUUUAGAUUUGUCAUUAAACUAUGAUUGUGUCACAGAAAUUAAUGAACCUUAA